AUGGUAUUUCCAUAUGGUGUUGAGAGAUGCAAUGAAUUUAAAAGUUUACGUCUCUAUUGCAACCAUCUUAGUCUCUUCCCUAACUCAUGUCGAUGGCCGAUCGAAAAAAAGUCAAAAAGAGAACGAACUGGAAAGAAGACCGUGGCUCCACGAUUAUACAGAGAAUUCCUUGGAAUCAGCCUGGAAGAUUAUAUGCUAAUAGACUCAGCUCGCCUACUCGAAGGACCUGAAGGAGGAUACCCACGGAUUGGUCGUGUCCUCGGCAUGAACCGUGAGUUGACGAAGAAAGUUAAUGCAAUCACCUAUGCUGAGUUCCGGCUAAGCAAGGAAGCGUUUAAAUUCAUCCAGAAGGGAAUAUCGCAAGUGAAUAAGAUUUCAAGAGAUGUGUCCGCUAUGACUUCGAAACCCGGACUUUGUCGUGAGCUUUCCCAAUAUCUCGAAGGAUCAAACUAUAAAAGAGGGAUAAAAUCAAUUCUCGAAUCGGAUCGGAGCGAUCAUAUGCGCUAUUGCUAAAGCUGUUCUACCCGAUCCAUGUAAGACCGACGAGACUGACAUAUAUGCAAGUUUCCCGUAUUACUGGAACCUUCGGUAUAUAAAACAAAACACUUGCAUUUGUAUCACGCAUGCAAUUCCUCGAUAAACUCUGAUUCUAGGGAAGAUUUUAUAAUCAUUGCUUUAUAAAACAGUUCCACAAUAAAACGGUCC